AUGGGGGACAGGCACGAUCAAACGUUGAUGGACAAAUCUAUGCGGUCGGUUUUCGUUGGAAAUAUACCAUACGAAGCGACAGAAGAGAAGCUAAAAGAUAUAUUCUGUGAAGUUGGACCUGUAUUAUCAUUAAAAUUGGUAUUCGAUCGAGAGAGCGGCAAACCGAAAGGCUAUGGUUUUUGUGAGUACAAGGACCAGGAAACGGCACUUAGUGCAAUGCGCAAUCUGAAUGGAUACGAAUUCGGUGGUCGAGCCUUGCGAGUUGACAAUGCUUGUACGGAAAAGUCCCGCAUGGAAAUGGCUGCUCUAUUGCAAGGUCCUCAGGUACAAAACCCUUACGGUGAAGAAUGUGAUCCAGCAGAAACGCCAGAUUUGAUUGCUAAAGCUAUCUCGGGGAUUCAGCCUGACCAAAUGUAUGAGCUGAUGCGCCAAGCUAAGGCAUGCAUUCAAAACGACCCGAUGGAAGCAAGGAAUAUGUUACUCGAAAAUCCACAGCUCACAUACGCGUUGCUACAAUCGGCUGUCAUUAUGCGAAUCGUGGAUUCGCACACUGCCCUUUCAUUUAUGUAUCCAGCCAACAGUAUGCCGCCUAUUUUAUCGGAUGACCCAUUCAGUGGAAUUCCAACGCAAGAUCAAAUGCAUCUACCAUUCAUGUCUGAUGGGCUCGUUCCACAGCAGACUGUAUUUCACGACAACGACGAAAGGCAGAUGAUGAACGACCGUAUCGGACCAGCUGCGCCGGCUAUGGACAUGGAUUUGCGCUUAAUGGAUCCAUUUCUGGUUCAUCGCGGCCCUGAAAUGGCACCACAGAACCCACCAGAUGUACCAUUCCCGCCCGUUGAAAUGCGACAGCAGCGACCUGCUGAUCCUCGAUUACUUAAAGAUCCUCGUCUAGAGGCGGCAUCGGCAUCUACGGGUAGUAAAUCUCUCUCUGGACCAAGUCACCCGGUAGAUCAUGUAUCAGACCAUGCAUCGAAAUCGAAAUCGGGUCCCAGCGAUGCAUCUGAUCAAGAAAAGGCGGCUUUGAUAAUGCAGGUAUUGCAACUUUCCGAUGAACAGAUCGCUUUGCUACCUCAAGAUCAACGUGCUAGCAUACUUGUGCUAAAAGAACAGAUUUCACGGAAUGCACCAAAAUAAAGAGAAAUAUUUUGAAUAAUUUGCAAAGAGAAAUAGCGAAUAA